AUGGCGUGUACUGAUGGUGAAAUCACAGUCGUAGAGCCAAAUGGGGAGGAGGCAGUGGUGAUUGAUAUUGACCCUGUAGCUGCUAUGCGAAGGCAUCUAGCGGUAGCGGAAAACGUAGUCACAACUCCUAGUGGGGGCUACCCUGGCUCUAGAGGAAGAGUUCCUCAAAGCCUCAUCAACAUCAGCCCAACAGCGAUCGCUCCUGAAAUGGUCUCCAUCGGACCUUUUUACCACGGAAAGGAGAUACUGGUGGAUUUUGAAGACUCCAAAUUGUGGUUUCUUAAUCGACUCCUUUCUCGAACAAAGAGACAUGGUGGGCCUGAUCGUCUAAAAGAUUUGUUUGAAGCCGUGCAAAAAUUGGAGAAUUUAGCGAAAGGAUUCUAUGAUGAGGAAGUCCCCAUGAGGAGCCCGGAGUUUAUCAAAAUGAUGGUGCUUGAUGGAUGCUUUAUCAUUGAGCUGUUUCGACAUCUUGGUAGAAAUGAAGAUGUCUUAGGUUUCAAUAAUCCUAUCUCUGCCAAGCCAUGGUUGAUCCCAAUUAUCACUAGGGACCUCCUCAAGCUUGAAAACCAACUCCCUUUCUUCGUCCUUGAAAGAUUGUUCAGAAUUACUGCCCCUGCUGAAGAUCAUGGGGAUCCUCUAGCUUUACUUGCCUUGAAGUUCUUUAAUCUUUCCUUGCCUAGGCUUAAUGAUGAUGUCCUUAAAAGUCUAAUCCGUAACCCUCUACUAAGUCGUGAAAUCGACAACCACUUGCUUGGCUUGUUUCACUACAGCGUCUGUUCCACUCGAUCUACAAAUGAAAAACAUCAGCUGUCACCGUUCCGGCUUAUCCCAGCACCUUUCCUGGCCUUGCCACAGCUCCCUCCGCUCCUAGAACAAAGCGAAGACCACCGAGUCAGUCCACUAAGAUUUCUUUCCCUAACUCUAUCCAACUCUGAAGAGCAUCGAGUCCUGUCAAUCCAGUCUACCACACAACUGAGACCCUCUGGGGUCAAGUUUAAGCCACACAAAGCAGACAACUUCUUAGAGAUCAAUUUCACAAAUAGGGUUCUACAAAUCCCACCUAUUACCAUCAAUGACCUCACCAUUACCGUCUUCAUCAACUGCCUAGCCUAUGAACACUCGCACGAUCGCGACCUCACCGAUGGUAGCUUCACCCAUUAUAUUGCCUUCUUGAGCUGUCUGAUCAAUUCACCUAGAGACGUCGCAUUCCUUUGUGCUGAAGGGAUUAUUGCUAGUUACUCUCACAACGAUCUUUAUAUAGCUGGGCUGUUCAACAGGUUGAGGGAGAAAGUUUAUUUUCACAGAAAUACUUGUGGUUACCUCGACGGGGAAUUCAGAGCCGUGGAGGCUUAUUACAGCAGCCAUUGGGGUACCUUUAUGCGAACUUAUUUCAGCACUCCAUGGUCCUUCAUUUCAGUUGUUUCAGCCAUCAUCCUUCUUGUCCUCACCGGAGGCCAAACUGUUCUGGCUGUUUUGAGCUACAUCGACCAGAGAGGAAAGCGACUGUGA